CACACAGGGAAUAUUGCCUGUAAGAGUUUCACUUCUGUUCCUCUCCUGCAACACAACCAUGUCUGGGGCUGAAGUGUGUGUGUUCACACUGCUGUGUGCUGUGACUGCACUGGGAGCUGAGUCUGUGCAUAAGGCCACCGUGUACUGGGACCCCAGCAGUAAGACGGUGCUCCUGAAGGACGGGGUUCUGGAAGACACAGGAGAUGCCUACGGGUUCUAUAACGACUCGUUCUCAGAGACGGGAUGGGGCGUGCUGGAGAUCAGAGCCGGGUAUGGACAAACCCCAAGGGCUGACGACAAAACCUUCUUCCUGGCGGGAUAUCUGGAAGGGUUCCUGACCGCACGGCAGAUGAAUGAUCACUACACUAACAUGUAUCCUCAGCUCAUUACCAAACCCAAAGUCCUGCAGGCCGUCAAGACCUUCAUGUCUAAGCAAAGUGCCUGGUCUCGGGAGCAGGUGAAGCUAAAUAAGACGUCUGAUCCCCUGUGGGCUCACACAGGCUUCAUCCUGUCCCAGCUGGAUGGACUGCAGGCCGGAGCAGCCGAGUGGGCCAAACGCUCGGGGAAAAAGCCCCUGACACGCUUUGAUGUGCAGCUCCUGAAUGCAGUUGGAGAUUUAUUGGAUUUGAUACAAAUGUUGGUUCCUGAUGCCAAACCUUCACUUAAGGGCUUUAAAGAGCCACCGAUGGGCCACUGUUCUGCCCUCAUCAAGAUGUUACCAGGUUAUGAGAACCUGUUGUUUGGUCACUCCAGCUGGUACGUUUACGCAGCCACCAUGCGCAUCUUCAAACACUGGGACUUUAAAGUGCAGGAACCACACACUGCUACUGGAAAACUCUCCUUCAGCAGCUACCCUGGUUUCCUGGUGUCUCUGGAUGAUUUCUACCUGUUGGGCAGUGGACUGAUGAUGACUCAGACUACCAACAAUGUCUUUAACCAGUCGCUGUACCAGCUGGUCACUCCCUCCAGUCUGUUCUCCUGGCAAAGAGUCCGGCUAGCCCACGCCCUCGCACACACUGGCCAAAAGUGGGCAGAGAUAUUCUCCCGCUUCAACUCUGGGACGUAUAAUAAUCAGUACAUGGUGGUGGAUGUGAGUAAAGUAUCCCUGGGCUCGAGACUUGAUGAUGGAGCUCUGACCAUAGUGGAGCAGAUUCCAGGCCUGGUGGAAUAUUCGGAUCAAACGGAGGCUUUGCGCUUUGGUUACUGGCCAUCCUACAAUGUUCCAUUCCACCAGAAGAUCUAUGCUCUGAGUGGUUAUGAGCAGAUGUGGAUCGAGUACGGAGAAGAUUUCUCCUACCAACUCUGUCCUCGAGCCAAGAUCUUCCGCCGGGAUCAAGCAUCUGUCAUCGACCUGCCAUCACUCAAACACAUCCUGAGAUACAAUGACUAUAAGAAAGAUCCUUACUCUAAGGGUGACGCCUGUAAGUCCAUCUGCUGUCGUGGCGACCUGCGCGAGUCCAACCCCACUCCUGAAGGAUGUUAUGACACCAAGGUGACUGACCUGCAUAUGGCUCAACAGUUUGAGUCUGAGGCUCUGAAUGGUCCGAGCACAGAGGGCGGUCUUCCUCCUUUCACUUGGGAUGCAUUUAACAGUACGACGCACCAGGGUCUGCCACGCCUGUAUAACUACACGUUCAUCACCAUGCACCCGGUGCUGUUCAAGCCCUGAGCUGGACAUGUGGGGCAGGAAGAGAUCGACAACCAACGGAUAUGUUUAUCUGUCCUGCUCUACUGCUGUGUGUUAUCCUGCUGCAAUGAAAAGAGCCAAAGUGUGUGUCCGUGCUAGUUCUUGUGAAAUCUGCUGUUUUUUAAAAUCUAUUUCUUAAUGCAGAAUGAUCAGAAUUGCGGCUUUGGUUUAAAGUUGAAUUUUGAUAUUUCUCAUAACUUUGAUCAGUAAAAAUUAAUCAUUUGAAAUCA